GUAAUUUCCCCAAGAGAAUCAAGGAUCUGUUUGGAGCUCUUGGAUUGAUGUACUAACUAAUUUUCAGAGGCCAACCUCCGUCGCGUGGUGGGCUGAAUAUCGAGCGGGAAACUCCAUACUUCAUUGACCACCGACUGCUGCCGGCCACUUUCCAUUCGAGUCAAUAGUAAUUUCAAUUUGAUAGCCGGAGGCAUUCGUUUUUCUUCUCUCUUUCUCCAACUAUAUACAUUAUAUACAUACACAUAUACGAGAUUAUAUUCCACUUUGUGCUCAUCUAGUGCGCAAAGCUCCGUAUAUAAGGGGAUUAGCCACUAGGGAAGCGUUAAUGUUCACAGCCUUACCUCUGUAAAACAAAACAGGGGGGCUGUUUUCGAAAAUCGAACCCGCGACCUUAAUCCCACAUCGUCGAAGCCUUGUUGUUAUAGUGCUUGGCUUUGAUUGCACACCAGGUGUUUGAUGAAAUUCCCUUUUUCGACAGCGGCUGAAGUUUGAAUUCCUUUAAACGCCCGAGGCGGGAGAUGGGUAUCAUACUUUUGACUCGAAGUAUUUGUCCAUUUUCGGAGACACGGGUUCUUCAUGGAGUUGAAGGAUCCAGUAAGAAUGUACUUGGAGUAAGUUUUCCAAACACUUGUAGAUUAGUUUUGAGGGCACAAACGAGGGGAAGACAUAGCCGUAGUAGAGAACCGAAGAACCUUCGGUACCCACGAUGCCCCAAGCUUCCCCGAGAAUCAGUGACUGAUAGAUUUUGGAAGGAUAAGCCUUCCACUGACCAAAAUGAGACACAUGAUUUAGUUUAUGAGGAUCCUAUGGUUGAUAAUUUUGAUGACACUGAUACUGCGGGUGAAGGAGAAAAAGAAGGUGGAGACAACAUUGUUUGGGACCCAGAUGAGAUAGAAGCAAUCUCAUCUCUUUUCAGAGGGAGGAUUCCUCAAAAACCAGGAAAACUCUUGAAUAGGGAAAGGCCUCUACCACUGCGACUUCCCACCAAAAUCCGGCCUAUAGGGUUCCCCACACCUAAGAAACACGUGAGAAUGACUUCUUCUGCAGCUGUUUCUUCGCGGCAAACUUUCUCAAAGCGAGUAUACAAGAACCCGAGUUUCUUAGUUGACCUAGCCAAAGAGAUUAGAAGACUUCCUUCCGAUGAAGAUGUGUCCACAGUUCUCAACAAGUGGCCUGCAUUCCUUCGGAAAGGGUCUCUUUCAUUAACUGUCCGGGAGUUGGGUCACAUGGGCCUUCCCAAGCGAGCUCUGGAGACUUUUAAUUGGGCUCGAACACAACCCCACCUCUUUCCUGAUGACCGGAUUUUGGCUUCAACUGUUGAGGUCUUGGCAAGGAACCGUGACUUGAAAUUGCCAUCUGCUUUAGAGGAAUUCACCACUUUUGGAAGCCGGAGCGUAAUUGAGGCAAUGGUGAGGGGGUUCAUUAAAGGGGGACUCUUGAUAGAAGCCCGGAAGCUUAUCUUAUCUGCUAAAGCUGGUAAAAGGACGUUAGACUCCGGGAUUUACGCUAAGCUAAUACUAGAAUUAGGAAAGAACCCAGAUAAGCACAUUCGGGUAUUGCCACUGUUAGAAGAGCUUGGAGAAAGAGAUGAUCUGAACCUAAAUCAGCAGGGCUGCACGGCUAUCAUGAAAGUUUGCAUAAGGCUUGGGAAAUUUGAUAUUGUGGAGAGCCUUUUCAAUUGGUACAAACAAUCUGGGCAGGAUCCAAGUGUAGUUAUGUACACUACUGUGAUUCAUAGCCGUUUCUGUCAAGAGAAAUAUAGGGAGGCAUUGCCAGUGGUUUGGGAAAUGGAAGGUGCAAAUUGCCUGUUUGAUCUUCCCGCUUACCGUGUGGUAAUUAAGCUUUUUGUUGCUUUGAAUGAUCUCCCUAGGACUGUAAGAUAUUUUUCAAAACUUAAGGAGGCAGGUUUCUCUCCUACUUAUGACAUCUACCGUAACUUGUUCAACAUAUACAUGGUUUCUGGGCGGGUAGCGAAAUGUAAAGAGGUUUGCAAGGAGGUAGAGAUGGCAGGUUUUGUGUUGGAUAAGCAAAUAAAGUCCCAUUUGUUCCAACUUGAAUCAUUAGCCAGGAUGCAAAGGAUAGAAGAAUCCAAGAACUCCUUAGGGAGUUGGAGCGCCAAGAUCAGUUAUGUGCCAGGUACAGAGAACAUAUCGUUAUGUUUUUGAAGAAUGUCGAGGAACAAACUGAACAACUGUCAAUCAAAAUUCAAGAAGUUGUCAAUAAUGUGAGAGAUGUAGAAACUGAAGCACAAAACGCACCUCAUCACCAGUAGCCCCGGCUAGAAGAUGCAGCCGAAGAAGCAGGGGAACAAAGUUGGUGCUUGCAUUUCUGUACCAGUGCAAGCUUGGGAAGUAUCAAGUUGAGAAGAUGUUUUCGGUUGAAGUUGUUCGUCUGUUAGUUAAUAGGUAGCUAGACUUUUUAGGUGCAUAAUUAGACAGACCUUAAUUGUGAUUGCAAUUUAACCAGGCACAAAAUAGCAGUUUUAAACAUCUUGGUGUAUCAAUGUAAUUAUAUUAGUAUCUAGUUGUUGCAUUGUAUGGAUUAGGUAACGUUCACUGUCAUAUUCUUAACUAAGUUGGAUUUCUAGUUGAA